AUGCUCUCAACAGCCAUCAGCAUGGAGGCUUUAGACGAGUCAGAAUCCGGCCUGGAACCCCCAAUCAGGGCCGAUCCAUUCCUCACGCAGACCUGCCAGGUUCACUUUUUACAGAAGGUAAGUCGGGACGGCAAUUCCUCAGUGAUUGUUUUACCACAACCCAGUGACUUUGUGGAACUUCUCAGCGAACGGUUAAAUGUGCUAGAUUCGGAUUCCAUAGAUUUCAAAUCGUCUAGUUUCAUGAAUAUAGACAUAUCAUCGUUAGACACACAUCUAUUUUCUGACUCUGGUGAGGAAAGUGACGAUUCGGGGAUCCAUAGUUUUUCUGACGUGUCACUCUUUACUCUGGACGCAUGCGAACAGUCUUAUGAUGGCCGAGGACGGGAGAUGGCAGCAGAAGCCUUGCUCAGCAUGGACUCGCCCAGCACCAGCGCUGAGGCUCGGACCUUCCUUCAGGGCAUUCUCCAGGAGAAACACAUGUCCAGACAUCAGCAGCAGCAUCAUCUCUCCUCCCUGCCCCCCAGCCCAGACAGUGGCCUGGACAGUGAGCUGGACACUAGUUCUAUAGAGGAUCUCAAACACAGGCAUCAGGGCACUGCAUGCAACAAACAGUCAAGUGGAGUCUCCUUGGCUUCCCCAUUGUCUCAUCCUCCUCCAGCUCAUCAACACCCAUUGCCAGCACAUUUUAAUGCAGCCACACACAUCGCCAUGAGGCCAGAUCACUACGACUUCAGCACCACAUUAGCCAACCAGGCAGCAGCUCAUUCCAACAAAGAUUCAUCAUCCAGUGCCAAAUGUAACCACCGCAGCAGUAGCAGUUCUCCAAAAUCAUCAUCAUCAUCCUCACCAGCCUUCAGUCAACCGCCAACUGCUGCAAGUGGGGAUAAACCAAGGGCCAAGAAAGGUCGGAAGCCAAAAUAUCCUGAUUAUCCGUAUACCUCUCCACCAAAGAGAAAACGAGAAGGUAGUGCCCAGUACCUGUGGGAGUUCCUGCUGCAGCUGCUGCAGAGCCAGGAGACCUGUCCCCACUACAUCAAGUGGACCAACAGGGAGAAAGGCAUCUUCAAGUUGGUCGACUCCAAGGCUGUGUCCAGGUUAUGGGGACAGCACAAGAACAAGCCUGACAUGAACUACGAGACCAUGGGCCGAGCUUUAAGGUACUAUUAUGCACGAGGAAUUCUCAACAAAGUUGACGGCCAGCGACUGGUCUACCAGUUUGCUGAUGUGCCCAAGAACAUUGUGGAGAUUGACUGCUCAAAAGUAUAG